AUGGCUCUCUACUUCGUACCAUCACGCUCCAGUUUCCUCCGUCGAGAACGAGGUUUCCUUGACGAUAUUCUCGAUGAUAUCGACCGCAUGGAGGCAGCGAUAACACCAAUGUUGGCAGCUGUCUCGCAUAAAGCGGAAGAAUCUGCUGGAAGGCUGAAUAAGGUUGUUGACGAUGAAUCCAAGCUAGCAAUCUCCUUGAAUGUUGCGAACUUCAAACCGGAGGAACUCUCAGUCGAUUUGGACGGAAGAAUCCUCAAAGUGCAAGGCAAGCAAGAAAUCAAGGAGGAGAAUGGUUACUCUAUAAGGACUUUCGUUCGACAAUGGAUGCUUCCUGAAGAUGUCGAUGUGGAGCAAUUUAAAUCUACCCUGACUGAAGAUGGUCACCUUGCUUUGGAAGCGCCCAAAAUCACGAAGAAAUCAACCAUCAGAAGCAUUCAGAUUGAGAAGGCUCCUGCCGCAGUAGCAGAGAAUGGGAUCAAGCAACAAUGA